AUAUGAGACAAUAACAAUAAAAAUGAAUUUAACAAAUGGAAAUAUUGUAAAGAAAAUGUAAACAAACGAGGUCCAGAUAUUCAAUCAGAAUGUGCAAAAAUAAUUUGUAAUAAAUGGAAGACAAUACUUGCUGCAAGUGUAUUAUGGAUGCAAGGAAAAAAUCCAACAUCACAACCUUGUAUUGAUGAUGAAGAAAAUAUUCUUCUAUGGAAUGGUGAUAUUUUUUCUGGUCCACUUAAUGAUGAUCAUGAAAAUUCUGAUACUUUAACACUUAUGUUAAAAUUAAAGUCAUCAAAAAAUGUCAUUGAAGUGUUGAAAUCAAUUGGUGGUCCAUUUAGCAUUAUUUAUUAUCAAAAAUCAACAGAUAUAAUUUUUUUUGGUAGAGAUUUUUUUGGUAGACAUAGUCUUUUAAUUGACAUUGAUAGUGUUGAUAAAUCAUUGACACUUUCAUCAGUUGGAAGUAAAAAAAUUGAUGGUUUAAUUGAGCUACCAGCUGUUGGAAUAUUUUCAAUUGAUUUAAAAAAUAAUAAUAAAUUUGAUUUAACGUGUUAUCCAUGGGAAAACAUAACUGAAAGAUCACUAGAUAUUAUUGAUAGGUUGAAAGAUAAAUUUUCAAUUGAUGUUAUCAUUGAAAAACCAAUUUUAUCCUCAAAUUUAUCUGUCGAAUAUCCAGUUGAACCUGUUGAUACAAUAUUUUUUGAAACAAUUGAAGUGUCUAAAUGUUAUCAAGAUGUCAUGGAGCUAUUGCUGCAAAAUGAAAAAAUUAAUAAUCAAGUUUGUUGUCUUCUUGAACUGCUAAAAAAAUCAGUAAAAACAAGAGUAUUAAAAAAGCCAAGCUAUUGCAAAAAUUGUAUUGAAAAUAAAUUGAUAAAUAAUGAAAAUAAAAUUUGUAAUCAUUCAAAAAUUGGUAUACUAUUUUCUGGUGGUUUAGAUUCAACAAUAUUAGCAGCAAUUGUUGAUGAAUUCAUACCAAAUGAUGAGCCAAUUGAUUUGAUAAAUGUUGCAUUUGAAAAAGCAAAAAGUAACGUUGAUAAUAAAUUUAAUAAAAAUAAGAUUGAUGUAUCAUUUGAUGUACCUGAUCGUAAAACUGGUCAUCAAGCUUUAGAAGAAUUAAAAAAAAUAUUUCCUCAUAGGUAUUGGAAUUUUAUUGAGACAAAUGUUAGCCAAGAAGAGCUAUUAGAAUGUAGAAAAGAUAAAAUUUGUCAUUUAGUUUAUCCACUUAAAACGGUACUUGAUGAAAGUCUAGGUUGUGCAGUUUGGUUUGGUGCAAGAGGAAAAGGAUCAACAUUAUCAAAUGAACAAACAAUAUCAUCAUGUAGAAUUUUAUUACUUGGAAUGGGAGCUGAUGAAUUAUUUGGUGGUUAUACAAGACACAGAACAACACUACGACAACGUGGAUGGAAAUCAUUGAGCCUUGAACUUGUUGCUGAAAUAACAAGAAUAUCUGAAAGAAAUUUAGGACGUGAUGAUAGAGUUGUUUGUGAUCAUGGUAGACAAUCUCGUUUGCCAUUUCUUGAUGAAAAAUUUGUUGAUUAUGUUAAAAAUAUUCCAGCCUGGGAAAGAUGUAAUCCAAGUGAAAAAAUGCCACAAGGUCUUGGUGAUAAAUUGCUACUUCGUCUUGUUGCCUACAAAAUUGGACUAACAAAUACAUCAACAUUUCCAAAACGUGCAUUUCAAUUUGGCUCGAGAAUUGCUAACAGCAAAGAAAAUGCCAAGGACAUAUCAAGCUGGCUGUAAGACCAGCCAAAUGAUAAGAUAACAUAAUUAAAUAAUUACAAUCUUAGGUCAUUCACAUCAACAUAUUAAUAAAUAAUUUUUUGAUAAAAAUACUUUUUAAAUAAAUUAAAUUGUAAAAUAAACUUGAAUACAUUUGUCAGUUGAAUCACUUGGUUGUAACAGUCAAGUCGUUGUUGUUUUAAAUAAAAAAAAUCAUGGAUAAAAUUAUUAAAA